GACAGAAAGGUCCAUGCGAUGAAUGGUAACAUUCUACUACAUUCUUGCUACAAUUCUUGCUACAAUUCUUGCUACAAUUUCAUACUAUAUAGUUGGUGGUACGAGUUAGGUGUUUUUGACAUGAAAAAUAUCAUCCCUGAUGUUAAUUUCACAUCUUGCCUUAGAAGUGGCAAGUAGAUAUUUGGUUAUCAAAUAAUCUCGUCGCUCUUCGAUAAUUACGCUCUGUAAGUUAUGCCUACGUACCUGUUAAUUUUGGUGUAGUUCAUCAACAAGCCGCCAUGACGUACGUUGAAAUGGGACUAAUUUGCUUGUUUAUCGUCGUGGUGGGCGGUGUUGUGAUGUGCCUGGCGUCGUGCAUACAAGGCAUCCUCAUGCAGGAAAUUGUUGACCCUGAAGACAGGGUUUUGUGAAGACUGCGAUGACAGAGCUGCUCUGAGCACAGCGCUCUACAACACGGCACGGUGAUGGUGAGCUGGAGUGAGGAACUGGAGGUGUUCGGAAGCAAGUAAAGCUAACGGAGACGCGUGGACUCUUCCUAUAGUUACAGCAGAGCGGAGUUCUCGUCUUUCAUCGUAAUUCGCUACAAUUCACGCAUCAAAAAUUCAAUGAAAAUAUCCAAUCGAAAAUAUAAACUUUAAGAACCAAGACGUAACAACGUCGAUGAUAUGUUGGCCUCGCCAGCCGUACAUCUUGCAUGCCAACCACCAGACAAUUGCUUGGGUUUGUCCAAGCUGACUUCCUGCAAUCUUUACAAAGCCCCAAACCCCACCAGACCGGACUCAGCCCUCGCCCUGUGCGACAACGACUGGAACGAUCAGAACGAUAACUUGGACGACUUGGAGAAUCUUUCAUUACUGGCUUUAUCUGAGAGUGGCUCGAACCAAAGUUCGUAUUUUCAGCAGGGCAAGCAUUUUUCAUUUGAAAAUAAUUCAAACGAGGACUCCGAGGCAUCAUCUAUUGGAUAUUAUUCCCGACCUGACUCAAGACUGAGUCCGCUGAGUGAACGAAAACUAAUUCGGAGUCCGACAGAAGAUAUCAUUAUCGAUGAACACCAGCCUGAUAUCACCCACUUUACAAUAGCCUCGACCAUCGCCGCUUCUAAGCAAGCUAAUGCUGCCAAUGUUGACGAAAUUAACGCCAACAACGAUCCGUUAAUGACCUCCAAGGAAAUUAAUUCAUCACAUUGGCAUAAUUUGAACGUCGAUAUUGACGUGAAGAUCACAGAAACUGAGACGAAGAUGGAAGACGCCGUCCUGUCGAAUGGCCGAGAUGAAAUAUCAUCACAGAGUCGCAAACUGAAGCACUUCCGCAAGCAGCGAGAACAUCUCAAGGAAGGCGUUAACGUUGCUGUGACCAUGAAGCAGUCGUCGAGUCUUGAUGAGCAGAUAUGUAAUAAUAAUACUAAUUUUAAUAAUAAUAUCACGUCGAUGUGUCCUCAAUCACUCUCGUCAGACUCUCUGAAGAAAUUUUCCAGAGAUGCCAAAUUCCUCACCACGCAAUCCUUCGACCGAUGCUUGUCUGGAGGCUGCGAGCUGACGAAUAAAGACUCCCAGCAUGGAAGUGUUCCUUCAGAACCUGACGAAAACGAAUGCCCGGUGAUGCCCGAAAAACUGGUCAUGGAAUUAGAGAAAAGUUUGAGCGCAGGUUUGUUCGAUAGUAAAGCUGUUGCUAUGGAGCAAGAAGACGUCGCUGAUGAGGACUCGUUUAAAAAAGAAGGUUUCGUUCUUAGCGCCUCCAACAACCGAAGUGCCAACAAAGAGAACGCCGAGCCAAACGCCAUAAAAUUUAUGGGAUCGCGCCUCGCUGACCGCUCUUCUGUAGGCCGCAUCCAGGACGAGAUAAAGCGCCGUCAGAGCCCCCACCGCCACCACCGCGCUGCAUACCGCAGAUCCAUGCCGUUGCCGUCUUCUAAUUUAUACCGGGAUCGCUACCGGCGCAUAGUUUCGUCUGAUCUGUGCGAGUUUGACGUUUACACGAUGGAGUCGGCCAUGCCAACCAUAGACUGGGAGAGCAUCGAAGCGCACCUUGAAGCCACCAAGGAGGAGGAGAGGCGGCGCCGCAAUGAUCGAGAAGAGAUCAGACGACGACUUGCCAUGGGUGCUGAAGAAGAGAUGGAGGAGCAAGCUGAUCAUCGGAAGCUCUCACUUCAGACACGUUUGCAAACAGGAAUGAACCUGCAGAUCUGCUUCAUGAACGAGACUGCCAGUGAUUGCGAGAGCCAAUGUUCUGACACAGAGAGUGCUCAAGAUCACCAUAUUGAUUACCCUAAGAGCCAUAAGGCUGGGAAAGGCUCGUUAUGCAUGGACUUCGCCACGCGACAGAUUCAGCUGCAGGCGGAGGCACGCUUGGCCCUGGGACAGGCAAAGGACAUGGCCAGGAUGCAGAUGGAGGUGGACAGGCAGAAGAAGCGCUAUAGCCCCGUCACAUCUAUCAUACGCCAGAGCUUUGCUAAGAUUGGCAUGAACUUCCCUGAUAACAAGCGUCGCCUCAGUCGGCAACUUUUAACUGACAUGAACGUGGCUCAGUUACAAGUGAUAGUGAAUCAUUUACAUACUCAGAUAGAAGGCCUGAACGAGGAGUUGGUGCAGCACCUGCUGAGCCGAGACGACCUGCACAUGGAACAGGACUCCAGACUCGUGGAUAUUGAGGAUCUCUCUAACCACUUGGCCGCCAAGGCUCGCAGCAACAGCACUACAAGCAAGUCUUCCCCCUCCUCAUCAUCUUGCCUCUCAACGCCCUCCUCCUCCUCACGGUCUCCUCCCUCCACAUCAACCUCUGCCCACUCCCCACUUCCAUCGGCCUCCCACAAGACGGGGUCCCUAUCAUCCCCUCUGUCUGGGGGCGACGCUGAGCGUCUGUGCACGGCAUUCGCAGGUCGUCACACUGUGGCCAAAUGAUGGCGGUGUAAUUCCGUGGCUUGCUUCUUCUUCCCUUCGUGGUCCAGCCCUCCACAGCUCGUCUAAUAUCACAUACAAAUUAUAGCUAUCAAUUCUCUGUACGCAAGCACAGCAAUACAGUGCUACGCAGCAAUGGUACAGCAGGUACUAUUCUCUUAGGCACAGCAAUAUCGUGCGCCCGCUCAUUAUUGCAAGUGCGAGUAAAGGCCACACUGUUGGUUUUGUCUGAGAAUGUAUUUUGGCUACAGUGAGAUUAGUUUUAAAAGAUAUUUCAAGUUACUUUUUGAUUAGUUUGAUUUUUAAAUGAAUAACGGUGACGCACAUUAUUACAUUUCUUAUUCGUCUGUUUGCAAAAACACGGAAUGAAAAUAUACUUUAAUAGGUACUCAAAAUUGUUUGUCAAAUUAUUCUGAAAAUCAUUUCUAUCUCUAGUUAAGCGUCUAGUUCCUAUAGGUUUCUUGAAAUGUCACGUGGAAGAUUGAUCAUAGCAGACAGUGAAAUGUCUCUGAAUUAUUCUCAUUCCUCUUUACCAGAUUACAAAGCGAUAAACAUUUACCGGAUUACGAAGCGAUAAAAACAGUCAAAUAAUUACCAGUCCUACAUCAAUUAGGAAAGCUUGCAUUCCUUCCCCAAUAUAUAGGCAUGUGUAUUAGUAUAUAUAUAUAUAUCUUCUAGAACUUUUUAUUGUAAAAAUUUCCUUAUGUAUCAAGUGAAUCUUACAGAUAUUACUAAUUAUUGUUUAUUAUUAAUGUGAAUGAACCUGUUAAAUUAUGUUAUAAGCAUGCCUCAUGCCAGUAGAAUUACUUUGUCUGGAACCUAUUCCGUUUUUGGCUUGUAACUCAAAAGAUCUGAUAAACUUAGCUGUUGAUAAGCGUGUAAAGUUUGCAACAUAACUAGUAGCCUUGCGGUUUUCCUUUGGAUAUUCUUAUACUAAUUUACAUUUUAAAUGUCGAAUACUCGAAGUAAGUAUUACUUGCGCCUAGUGCAGGAUUUUUCUCAUAUAGCAUCGCAAUUAUGCCUUUGGUCUUUUUUGCUUACGGUGCAGCAACGCAUAACUUAUCGCCUGUGUCCGCUAAUGAUCUGAACUUGUCACCACAAGAUCUGAGAGAUGAAGUCCUAAACAUUGUAACAUUGUGAGUUUAGAAACUUAUUUCACGAGGCAACACGAGCCUAUUUUGAUGAUGCGGUUGGCUAAUCCUCUGCUCCUGCGAGACACUAUCAGCUCUCAAAGGGGAAGUCCCUGAGUAUUAGAUCCUUUGGAGACAUUAGUUAUAGCACAUCACAAUUGAAUUAACAGUUUGUACCAUAAUCGACCACUGAGAAAUUAAAUUUUAAUAUUUCUACUUUCUACUGAAAUGCGAAUGAAUUUAAUUUGGUUUAAGUUUCUUCUUCUGGCUACACGCGGUAACGAAAUUUGUGAUAAAACAGAAGUAAGGUACAGUGUUCAAUUUUCUUGCACUGACGUUUUUCUUUCGAAUAAUUUGACUUAAAUUUCCUGUACAUAUUUCUAGGAGUAAAAUUCUCAUACAAUUGAAUCUAAAGUGAUAUUCGUCGAUUCAUUAGUUGAUAAAAAACAUUCAAUCUACGUCGGUACUUGUAAAAUAGUCUUUUUCAUUUAUCUUAUACAAAAUGAAGGUUGAACACGAGUUAUUACAUCAAGUCCUCGGUAUAAACUUGAAAUUAUAAAUUUUUGAGGCUUGGGUAGAAUGAACAUUUAUCUUUUUGAUCCUGUAGGUCUUGUGAGUAACAUUUGGCGUUUGCUGUAUAUAUUUGUAUCGCUUAAGUCGAAGCUCGCUAAACAUUUUAAUAUUGUGGUUGCCCACGCAAGUAGUCCUGCUUAGCGGCCACCUGACGGGAUGAGUGAUAUUCUGGUUACGGCGGAUGUAUGUAUGCUUAAGGUCCCAAUCUUCCAUUGAUGUUGCUGUCACUACUAAGUGUUACUAGUAACUAUUAUUGGCUAUGACUUGUAUUACUGAUAUAUGUUAUUUUUAGUGUGAUGCUAUGAACCCGCUUAUGUCUGCGCUGUGCGUGCACGAUGCUUGAUAGCCGCGAUUUUGCGCCGCAAAUAGCCCAGUUUAAUAGUAAAAUAAUUCGGGCUUUAAUCUCACAGUUAUUAUGUAGUUAUUCACCCUGUGGCACCAAUACUCGCGAUUCCGGCAGUGCUGAACUUGGCUCGAGGUAGGUUAAAUUUUCGCUCUGGAAAGUAUCGGAAUGAAGUAAGAUGCUUCACGAGAUCUGUUCGUCUAUUACCAUCGACACUGUUUCUAAAAGUAUAUUUUAAAGGCAGGUUCAUGUUAGAACUCGUUUUUAGUGCUCAUCAGUCCACCAACUAUCUUGCCUACUCUCUGUUAUGCUUUAUUUCCUCUUAGUAGAUCUUCUGAUCCACCAAGAUCAAGAUUCACUGAGGUGGCAUAAUCUUAUCUGAUAAUCUAGGUGUAAUUCUUAACUUGUGGGCGACAAAUGGUUUUUGAUAGAAGAAAUUUGUUUUAAUCGAGACAUGCCGACUUGGUGAUGUUUAUUUGUCGAUUUCAGGUGACAUCGAAUGAUUGUGAAAUCUGAAUGUUCCCACAACUUUUUUCUUGCUGCUUUACGUUAUAAUAAAUUUUAUUGUCCGUUUCAGAAAACAUUUAUUAUUUUCGAUUCCUGUUACCUAGCAUAUCUUUUUAUCUUGCAUAUGAUGUACCAAAUGAGGCUCUUACGAAGCAUUAUUUGAUUACAUUCCUUGGGUCCAUCAUAGGAAUUAGUUGAUGAGGUUGUCUUUCUGUUAGUUUUUUCGGUUCAAUCUUGUUUAUCCAAAGAGCUGAACAAAAUUGUGUCGUUGCAUGUUCAUGUCAACUAUAGAUCGUUGGAAGUGAGUGCGACUGAAGUGUGUAGGGUCGAGUGAUAUUCCUGCCUACUAACCUAGUGCAGCGCAUGUAUAUAAAUCACUGUUAAUUGAUGCUCAGCGUCGGUUAGUUGGUAAAUCUGUAUUGCACCCACAAGAGAAAUAGACUCAUAUGUUAACGCUUUUUCUACUACUUUAUCCAGCGUGAAUAUUAAGAAAAUGUCUUAAGAAUUAGCCUUAUGAGCUCAGUAAGUCUCAGCGAACUAGGCAGUAAUUUUUGUUUUUACAUGUAAAUACCUUUCAAUUUCUUGUUGUUUUGAAAAAUGUAAUUCAAAUUCGAUUACUAGGCUGAUAGGUGAUGGAAAUAUUCCAUCAUUGUUCUAGCCGAGACUACUCCUCUUGUUGAUGUAGUGCAGGCUGACCAACAGUCGGCAGUAACUCAAUCUUCGCACGAUAUUAUUAGCUUGUAAGAACAGCGCUCUCUAAGGCGACUGAAGUGACCUCCUUCGUGGUAUAUUGUUUCUGAUGACCACUCUGGAGGUAUUUAUUAAUUAAAAUAACAUAGUUUAUACAUCCCGCGUCACCUACCUGCUUUUCAUAAUAGUUGUUCAUGUGGGUUAUGAGAAUAACAUCCAUUAAAUAAUAUUUUGGGAUGAUUAUUCAGCAGCCAGCAUGAUUUAUAUUCUAGAAACAGGGUGAUAGCCGGGUUGCCUGUUUUAGACGAUUCCUGAGAUUCCAGAAACCUUUUAUCCAGUAUCGUCACUUGCACCAUAAUAUCUAUAUCUAACCAAAUAAUGUUAAUACAGGAAAGGCCUGUUCAACCUUUUAAUUUGUCCGCAUUUAAUCAAGAGCCGUUAUUUAACUCCAAUUUUUUGAUCUUUGAAUUGAAACAAUUUAAUUUUACACUGCAAAGUUGAAUUUGAAUUGAAAGUGGUUUCAGGAUUCCGCUACUUUUAUCCGUUCAGUCGUUUUAAGGAUAAUUUUAGCUAACUCCUCUCUCAAUGGCUCCAUAUUUAAACGAAUUAAUGCUUUAUGAUUUUUUGCGUAUCAUUUAUGCGCGAUUCGUCACUCAAUAACUUGAUCCCUUAUUUUUGCUGCUCUCAAUAGAUAUGAAUUUAUUUUUUAUGACAAAAAAUUUUAAAUAAAUUGUAUGAUUCACUUGUUUAGUUCACCGUUGCACUCUGAUCAAAAUACUCUCAAAGCUAAGACUGGAACUUUCGCGAAGCUGAGAUUAAAUGUAUUGAUAGAUUAUUAUCAUUGUUAUGCUGGGGGUGAAAUCCCUAGAUGAAUUGAUUAAUGUAAUUUUUAUGCCUGAAUUAAAAUUGUUUUAAACUUGCAUUACAAACUUUCAUUGGAGAGAAAUAACAAAAUCUGUCUGAUUACUCGAAUCCUUUGAAUCUUAAAUGUUGAAUAAAUUAUACGUGUUAUCCAUG